AUGAUCUCCGACGGCGACCUCUACCGCCUUGCCAUCUUCCUCGGCUCAUGUGCGAUGAUGAUGAUUGUUCUAUACCAUUUCCUAGACGUCAAUGCCGUCGAUGACGAGAACGAAGCCCAGCCUGCUGGCCCCGUCAAAUCAACCAAGACCACCAUCGACUCCGCCAACCUGCGGUCUCACCGAAUUAAGACCUGCAGAACAUUACAGCAAAUGCAAUAUCAGAAGGCACAAUUGGGGUGGGAUCCAAUAGUUCCAUCGAUUGCCCACAGAGCAGUGCAUGUACGAUAA